CUCGCCGGAGCUCCUUUUUCCGGUGACAUUUCCCUGACACAAAACCCUCUUUCUCCACUCAAUUAUUCAGCUAAAUCUUUCUUUAUAUUUGACACACCUUCACCCAAGAAGGAAAGGAAAAACAGAACCAGCUCGGAAAUGCACUGAAAGCUUUGCUGAGACCACAACAUCUCGACUACUUUCUUUCAGAAGUCGGCAACUUGGCGUGGCGGAGUUCCUUCUAUGGGAGGCAGAUAGAAGCAUUAAAGACGAGAGCACAAUACAUUGCGUAAAGCAAAAGAAGUGGCCCACAUGCAUAUGAAAGACCCUCUGGAGAGCCCUGUGAUAAUUAGGGAGCCUCUACAGAGCUCCAUGAAUCAGAAGACAUCAUCACAGAUGGUGCUCAAAAAAGAAGAUAGAUUGGAAGAUACAAAGAAUAUUAUAGCAAGGAGAAAGGGAAGGAGAAGAUGUAGAGGACCCAGAGUAGAGAAAUUGCAAGAAGCAAAGCUUGAGGCUGGAGUGGGGUCCCUAGCUCCAUGCAAAACCCUCAUGUUACAUCGCAGACCUGGCUAUGGGCAGCUGGGGACCAAGUGUUUGGUUAAAGCAAAUCACUUCCUUGCAGAGAUACCAGGGUCAGAUAUAUGUCAAUAUAGUGUUAAAAUAAACCCUGAGUUUACUUCUCAUAAAUUGAACAAAGCUAUCAUGACCCAGUUGGUGAAACUUCAUAGAGAGACUGAAUUAGGAAUGAGGCUCCCUGUUUAUGAUGGAGGAAGAAACCUUUACACAGCUGGGUUGCUGCCUUUUACCACAAAAGACUUCAUCAUAGUAUUGUGUGAUGAUGACGAGGGGGCAUGCUAUACAAGGGAACGAGAAUUUAAAGUGACAAUCACUUUUGUAGCUCUAGCUAGUAUGCACCAAUUACGUGAGCUUCUUGCAGGGAAACCAGUUGAUACCCCUCAAGUAGCACUUACCAUAAUUGAUAUUGUGUUAAGGCAACUAGCAGCCCAAAGGUAUGUAUCAGUUGGCAGAUUUCUCUAUUCUCCUGAUAUUAAGAAACCACAGAAGCUUGGUGGUGGCUUAGAAUCAUGGCGUGGCUUCUACCAGAGUAUAAGACCUACUCAAAUGGGACUCUCCCUGAAUAUCGACAUGUCAUCAACUGCGUUCAUUGAACCACUCCCUGUCAUUGAUUUUGUUGCUCAAAUUUUGGAUAAAGAUGUGUUUUCAAGGCCAUUAUCAGAUGCAGAUCGUGUAAAGGUUAAGAAAGCGCUUAGAGGGGUCAAAGUUGAGGUUACACACAGAGAAAAUGUUCGAAGGAAAUACCGAAUUUCAGGGUUGACAUCACAGCCUACGAGGGAGCUAAUUUUCCCGGUAGAUGAGCAAAAGAACAUGAAAUCCGUUGUUGAGUACUUUCAAGAGGUGUAUGGAUAUACCAUUCAAUAUUCCCAUCUACCUUGUCUUCAAGUGGGAAACCAAAAGAAGGUGAACUAUUUGCCAAUGGAGGCUUGCAAGAUAGUUGGCGGACAGAGAUACACAAAAGGGCUGAAUGAGAAGCAGAUAACUUCUCUGCUGAAAGUUUCAUGCCAAAGACCCUGUGAACAAGAAAUGGACAUUUUACAGACAGUUCACCAAAAUGACUAUGAGCAGGAUCCCUACGCCAAGGAGUUUGGUAUCAGAAUAGACAACAAGCUUACAUCUGUUGAGGCUCGGGUUCUUCCUGCCCCAUGGCUAAAGUAUCAUGAUACUGGAAAGGAAAAAGAAUACUUGCCUCAAGUUGGACAGUGGAAUAUGAUGAACAAGAAAGUAAUAAAUGGAAGCACCAUCAGAUAUUGGGCUUGUAUCAACUUCUCACGAAGUGUCCAAGAAAACACUGCUCAUGGUUUCUGUCAAGAGUUGGUUCACAUGUGUCAAAUCUCUGGCAUGGAAUUUAACCGCAACCCUGUAAUCCCAAUAUAUUCAGCUAGACCAGAUCAGGUAAAGAAGGCCUUGAAAUAUGUGUAUUAUGCUGCUACAAGCAAGCUUGAAGGAAAAGAGUUGGAGUUCCUUAUUGCCAUUCUUCCAGACAACAAUGGCUCUUUGUAUGGCGAUCUGAAACGAAUUUGCGAAACGGAGCUGGGGUUGAUUUCUCAAUGCUGCCUUACGAAAUAUGUCUUCAAGUCUAGCAGACAGUAUCUAGCAAAUGUGUCCCUCAAAAUCAAUGUUAAGAUGGGAGGAAGAAAUACAGUGCUUUUGGAUGCUUUAAGCUCAAGGAUACCUUUGGUUAGUGACAUUCCAACGAUAAUUUUUGGAGCUGAUGUUACUCAUCCAGAGACUGGAGAGGACUCUCAUCCAUCUAUAGCUGCUGUUGUAGCCUCCCAAGAUUGGCCAGAAAUUACAAAGUAUGCCGGGUUGGUAUGUGCACAGCCUCAUCGAGAAGAACUUAUCCAAGAUUUGUUCAAAACCUGGAAAGAUCCUCUACGGGGUACGGUUACGGGAGGCAUGAUUAGGGAACUUUUACUUUCAUUCAAGAAGGCUACUGGACAAAAACCACUAAGGAUAAUAUUUUACAGGGAUGGUGUCAGUGAAGGACAGUUCUACCAAGUCUUGCUAUAUGAACUCGACGCCAUUCGUAAGGCAUGCGCAUCAUUGGAAGCUAGUUACCAACCCCCCGUAACAUUUAUUGUGGUUCAAAAGCGGCACCACACUAGACUCCUUGCAAGCAAUCACAAUGACAGAAGUAGCAUGGACAAGAGUGGAAAUAUCUUACCAGGUACUGUGGUGGAUUCAAAGAUCUGUCAUCCCACCGAGUUCGACUUUUAUUUGUGUAGUCAUGCAGGAAUCCAGGGCACCAGUCGACCUGCUCAUUACCACGUUCUCUGGGAUGAGAACAAUUUUAGUGCUGAUGAAAUCCAAUCUCUCACCAACAACCUGUGUUAUACGUAUGCUCGAUGCACUCGAUCCGUUUCUAUAGUGCCUCCUGCAUACUAUGCCCAUCUGGCAGCCUACAGAGCUCGAUUCUACAUGGAACCUGAUCUGCAUGAGAAUGCUAAAAUGCGCACCACAAGGACUUCAAAUGGGUCAUGUGUCCGUCCCCUGCCACCAUUGAAAGAGAAGGUCAAGAACGUCAUGUUUUAUUGCUAGAGACAUAGGAGGAAAAACUUGUACAUUAUGUUUUUUUUUUUUUUUUUAGUGUGUUUAAAUUGUAGAGAAAUUGUGCAUGAAAAUUUUGAGAACACGUUUAAUUAAUAGGGUUUAAGAAAUGAAGAGUUUACUAGCAUUGUGCU